CAAUAUGUCAGCUUCCAGGUGUAAGAAGAAUUGACAGCUACCGAUUUCAACAACAGUGAUGAAAAGAUGGGCUUUUCUGAAAAUAGCACUGAUAUUUUCAUCAGUUUUUAUAUUCAUCCAAUUGCUGAUAUGGACGAAAUUCUCAUCAAAAGAGAUAGGCGAGCCGAACCCACGUAAAGUGAAGGAAGUGAUAAAAGCUCUGUUGGAUGUCUGGGACAAUGACAAUGCCAAACUAUUCCUCAUUGAUCCCGACAUACUGAUUGACUAUGUGGAGGACAAGCAGGGAGGCAACACCUGUGGCAGUUUGUGUCAGAGUCAGAAAAAACUGGUCACCUUCGGUGUCAUAGGAAACGCCCGCAGAAGUCUGAGACCGGUUUUCCACAGAUUGCGGAGUUACAACUUUGUUGUAGUGGACUCCAUAGAUGAGUUUCCGGAGAGGUUAGGUGACACAUCAUACCACGUCACUUCACACGUUUUUCUCCAGGAUAUGAAACAUCCGGAGCCCACCAUACACGUGCUGAUUCUGUAUGAACGUGCUGCUGGAUUCCUGUGGCACUCUAAGAUCCAGGUCGCCUCCAGUGACCUGUCAUUUGGAUAUGAGGCCGGCUCGUACAAAAAAUUUGACCUUGAGCCAGCUGUGAUAGAUGGUUUAUCUCUAUACAUUCCCAAACAAGUGACCAAGUUUCUCGAUUCAGUGGCACAAUCCAAAUACAUUGAAUGUGAUCACACAAGUGCAGACAACUUCCUCAAAUCUUACCCACCUGAUAGUUCAAACGAAGCUCAACACUUCCAGAGAAAAGCUAGACAACUCAUAGCUCAAGGGAAAGAGGUCUUCGAUAAACUUGGAAUGCGUUUCUGGAUCAGUAGCGGCACACUUCUCGGAUGGUAUAGACAGUGUGACAUCAUCACACAUGCACAAGAUGUGGAUUUCGGGAUAUGGAUCAAAGACUACAAUCCACAACUCAUCCCGGAGAUGGAGAAGGCCGGUCUUCCACUCAAACACCUGUUUGGCAGGGUCAAUGACACGUUUGAAUUAUCAUUUCAAGCUGGGGAUAUUAAGCUUGACAUUUUCUUUUUCUACGAGGAAUCGGAUCACAUGUGGAAUGGUGGGACAGAUGUGAAAAAUGGAGAAAAGCUCAAGUAUGUAUUUCCGAAGUUUAAUCUGUGCUGGACGACUCUGCUAGAUCUUCAUGUACGUGUGCCGUGUCCGACAUUACCAUAUAUAGAGGCAAAUUAUGGUAAGGGAUGGUUCAAUCCUGUGAAGGAAUGGAGCUGGAAAAACAGUCCUACCAACGUACAGAAGAAUGGCUACUGGCCCAAGGACCAGUGGGACAGUGUUAUACAGGUUUAUGAGUGAUCAUAUGUGUGUUAAGUAUGAGAUCAUUGCUGCCAAACAGUGUCUGAGUGAGUGUGAUUAGACAGUCUGAUUAAAUUGACUGUCCUAUAUACUUUGUACAUGUUCAGUAAAACUUUACCUUAAUGGUAUCGCCGUGGUACGAUUUGUUCGGAUAUGACCAUUCAUCGAUAUUGAAGAAACAAGGACAUAGAACAACUCUUUGGGGCCGAAAUAUCUUGUCACAUAUCUCGAGUGACUUCAAAUAAGAUGUCUGCAGGUACACGUAACAUCAGGGUUUUCAUUUUGCAAGAAAUAUCUCAUUAGAUUAAUGGAUUGCAAUACUGCUGGAUUACCUUCCUUUGGUGUAUUCUGGAUUUUCUUUGUCAAAUAAGUCUGAACUGAACAAUAUGAUAAAAGUAAGAGUAUGAAAUAUUCUACAUGUUUGUGAAAACACAUUCAACUACUAUUUAUAAAAGCAAUAUUGGGUUAAAAUGUAAAAGAUAAUAAUGAUAUUCUGUAUAACCUGUUAUUUAUGAUUUAUAAUUUAUAUUCACGGACGUAAACUUUGUUGUCGUUUGUUAAACGUGAACAUUUAAUAUGUUUUUUCUUUUGUCA